UGACCGAAAGAUGCGCGUCGAAGAAACGAAACGCGUGAAACGGCAUGCACAAAUCAAGUGGGGGCAUCUGUCUUUCGCUGCCCUCGGCUAUCUCGAUGGAUAUUAGCAUGCCCUAAACUGCAGUGGUACCACAAGUACACUCUUGUUGAGCCGUGGUCUUUACUAUUUAGGUGAAACGUGACAGUUGAGACCAAGAUCAACAGCAAAUAUAUCCCAUUGGAGUGGAUCGAAGGAGGCACGCAACAAUAAUCUGAAAGAUAAGAGAUCGGAGGCAGACAUCGGUAUACCCACACAGUUCGAGAUUUCGUAAAUUGAUCCACACCAAGAAGCCAACCAGCGAUAAUGGACAACCGACCAAUGGGAGGCCGACAAGGCCAUCAGAGCUUUGAUACGGUAGAACGCUCUGGACCUGCUUGUCGUCCUCUGGACUUUCCAGCUCCCGUGGUGCUGCGUGGUGUUCGGGUAAAUGCCUGCUUGGUGGUCCACUUGCAAUCGGGUACUCGGCAAGUCUGUUCAGGCGUCAUCCAUCGAGAAGAUCUCAGUGGCAAUCAAGAGCCUCUACCUUCUGGUGGAGAUUCAAAUUCAGCGUUAUCUCAUGGGCCUCCGCGAAGGUCAUCUAGAGUGGGUGCGGAUGGCGAGGGGCCCAGAGAAGUCUUGGCCUAUUGGCCUCAUCGGCAGUUACAAGACGCAAUUUAUGGGAGUGUCUGGUGUUGUCUAGUAUUGAGGAGGCACCACGGCGUGGCCGCUGACGAUGCUGCCAGGGCUGCUGGAGUCGAGCCUGGUUCUCCGAACGCCCCAAUAGUUUGGGAAAUCUCUGGAGACAUGGUGGCCAUUAAAAUGGUGGAAUGGGAACGUGUCUUUAGAAUGAGAGGCCGUUUAUUGGAAGAUCCCGUCAAGGAAGUAGCUGCCAUGCAGUUAUUAGGAUGCAAUCACCCCCAUGUCCUUGGCAGUUCCGAAGUCCUACAAGAUGAUAAUUAUUUGUAUUCGGUCAUGCCCUACUGUCGGGGCGGUGAUCUGUUCAGUGUUGUAGUGGAAUACGCCGAAGCGAAUGGCGGAGAGAUUGGUAUGCCCGAGCCUGUGGCCCGUUUUUGGUUUCGACAAAUUUUGAGUGGUCUCCAACACUUGCAAGAACAAGGAGUUUGUCAUCGUGAUCUUUCGCUGGAGAAUGUGCUGGUUGAUGCGGAUAACUGUUUGGUGAUUGAUAUGGGGAUGUGCCUUCGUGUCCCCUACAACGAUCCAGACAGCCUCGGAGUUACCGAUGUCACCCGCGGCAACCUCCGUCGCCUCAUGAAACCUCAGGGGACAUGUGGAAAGCACAAUUACAUGUCCCCUGAGGUGUACGAGAACCUCAACGAUUUUGAUGGAUUUGCCAUUGACUUGUGGGCCGCUGGAGUUAUCUUGUACAUUAUGCUGACUGGGUUCCCUCCGUACGACAAUGCUGUCCGUACCGAUUUGCGAUUCGAAUUGAUUGUGUCGGGUCGUCUGAUGGAACAGCUCCGUAAUUGGGAGAUUAUGGUGAGCGACGAAGCGGGUGAUUUGAUGCAGAGUAUGCUGCAGAUGAACCCGAGAGACCGUCUCACACUUUCGGAGGUCAUGAACCAUCCGUGGGUGACCAAUGAAAAUGUGGAACCUCCCCCGCCACAAGAAACCGUGAUGUUCCAUUAAAAUGGAACCAAGAUCGAGACAAUCAUCUCCCUCCCUCCUUGCGACUUCUAGCUAGCGUAAAAAGAGUCUUACAGUAGCUGGCAAGUGUGUGUCCCUUUAACGACUACCGGUAGUUUUGGAUGAAACUGGAAAUUAUGAACCCGUUUGA